AUGGCGACUUUAAUGCUUUCCUACGCAACUUAUGUGAUAUUGACUAAAGUAACACUUGUAGCAGUGAUGACAAUUAUGCCAGUUAAGGCCGAAUGUUGCUAUGGCGAUGAUUAUGAUUAUGAUUAUGAUUAUGGUUAUGAUUAUGAUAGUGAUGACCUAAAUUGGGAAGCAUGGUUGGCCAUCGCAUUGGGCAUGCUUAUAUUUAUCGCACUAUUUGUGUGGCUGCUUUAUUGUCUUUACCGUAAAAAUAAUUCCUUCAUUAAUGUCAUAUCGGUUUCAACAAAUGCCACGGUUGUUUGUACGUCUGGAUAUGGAGCGAUUGAACAUCCCCAGCCAUGUGAUCCUAUUAUAAACUCAGACACGAUGGAAACACCUAGUCAGAUCUAUACUCAGCAUGGCGGCGCCAAUCAACAGUACCUACAUGUACAGUCACAGUUACCACCUCCUUACACGCCUUAAGUAUCUCCAAAUUAUUAAACAUAUAUAUUGCAG